UGAAGAAAAAUGCAAAUCUACGAAAUAUAAUAAAACUAUUGUUAUACGAUUUUACAAUUGUCACUGUAUCAUACAUUAAAAUAAAAUUAUUUGAUAUAUACUAGAAAUCUCUUAAGAAAAUGUAUUCGUUUAAAUAAAAGAGAAUACCAAAAUUUGGUGGCUUCCCAUUGGUUCUCUAUUCGAAUUGGGUCUAUUAUUCCAUGCCGUGUACGGGAAUACUACCUAACAUAAUCUGAUAAGGAUAAGCUUUAGUAUUUAGCUUAAACAAAACCAAUCAAAGGUUUCACUACUUAAAUCAAUCUUCUAUAUAGUAAAAGGCUAAAAGCUAGUGCGAUUCGAAAGCUUAAAGAGAUCUUAUAAAUUUAGCCAGUUAAUUUCUGUUCAGUCUCUUUAUUUACACUAUUUGAUAUGAAGCAAGACUUGAUUUUAGUUGUACUAUUUCUACAAUUCAAUAAUUCUAAUAAACUGGUAUAAAUUUCGAUGUCCUCUAAUAUCUUUUUUUUUUGUACAAAACGAGUUCUAGAUGACAUUUUUGCUCAUAAAAAAAGUUAUGAGAAACUUCAAUGUUUUUUUACAAAAUAGUCGGCAAAAAAAAGAAAUUAUUAGAAAUAUAAAUGUUUUAUUUAUAUCUCUUAAGAGUCAGCAAAGAAAAAAGAUUAAUUAUAUAGCUUUCAUCAAACUUUUUUUUUCAUCAAACAAUAUUAUAUAGCUUUCAUCAAACUUUCUUCAACUUCUGUUGUUCCACCUUACACCAUUCCUUAAUAUCCACUUUAUCUCGCGAACCCAAUUUCGAAAACCCCUCUUCACCAACUUAAAACCCUAUUAACUUAUCCCAACAAUCAGAUGAUUUCAAUCGAACAGGAGGAAGCCUUACAAUUUAUCCAAGAAAACCAAGAACCAUGAUAACACAUAAACAAAGAAGAACAGAGAAAGGACUCUGUUUUAAACACUACUUCAAAUGGAUCCUCUGUUUUUCAUUCACUCUCUAUUGUCUCGUUUCCUUCUUAGUCGAUCAUGACCAGGAAGACCUUCCUUUGUCUCCUUCUUCUUUCUCCCGACCAAACACUUUUCUAACUAACCCUAAAACCAAGUUUAUCGCUUCUCAUGCCGUGUUUGAAUCUAAAAUCCAUGAUCACGCACUUAUCUUUCCCCCACAACGUCCAAACAUCAGAACUGAUGUAUUCAACAAUUUGAAAAUAUACGUCUAUGACUUGCCUUCCAAGUUCAACACAGACUGGUUAGCCAACAACAGAUGCAGCAACCAUCUCUUCGCGGCCGAGGUGGCUCUUCACAAGGCGUUGCUGAGCCUCGAGGGAGACGUGCGGACGGAAGAUCCGCACGAAGCAGAUUUCUUCUUCGUCCCUGUUUAUGUCUCAUGUAAUUUCAGCACAGUCAACGGCUUUCCAGCGAUUGGCCACGCCAGAUCACUCAUCAAGGAAGCAAUCGAGCUCGUCUCAGCUCAAUACCCGUUUUGGAACCGAACCAGUGGCUCUGACCACGUCUUCACCGCCACACACGACUUCGGCUCUUGCUUCCACACCAUGGAGGAUAGAGCAAUUGCUGAUGGGGUACCAAGGAUUUUGAGGAACUCUAUAGUUUUGCAAACUUUUGGUGUUACGUUUAAGCAUCCAUGCCAAGAAGUAGAGAACGUUGUGAUACCACCGUACAUAUCCCCUGUAAGUUUGCACAAGACUCAAAAGAAUAUUCCGGUAACUAAGGAGCGAGACAUUAAGGUUUUCUUCCGGGGCAAGAUGGAGUUUCAUCCCAAAAACAUCAGUGGACGCUUUUACAGCAAGCGCGUAAGGACGGAGAUAUGGAGGAGUUACAGCAGCGACCGGAGGUUUUAUCUCCAACGACAGAGAUUUGCCGGUUAUCAGUCAGAAAUUGCUCGUUCUGUUUUCUGUUUAUGUCCUCUCGGGUGGGCCCCGUGGAGUCCGAGACUUGUUGAGUCGGUUGCCCUUGGCUGCGUGCCCGUUAUUAUCGCCGACGGUAUCCGUUUGCCGUUCCCUUCUGCCGUGCGUUGGCCGGAUAUCUCUCUCACGGUUGCGGAGCGAGACGUUGGGAAGCUCGGAGAGAUUUUGGAACACGUGGCGGAAACUAAUUUGUCCGUCAUACAGAAGAACCUGGAGGAUCCGUCUGUUAAGCGGGCCCUUCUGUUUAAUGUCCUUCCGCAAGAGGGAGAUGCCACGUGGCAAGUUUUGGAGGCUUUGUCGAAAAAAUUGCAUAGGUCCGCUAUAAGAAGAUCAAAUGCUUUUCUGUAAACCAAUUUUGUUUUUUUUUUUUCCUUGUCACGGGUAUUGGUACUGCUUUGAGAGUUAAUGUAUCAGAAAUGUAGCAAAGUGAUUUGAUGAAUCUGAGUUUACCGGCUUUAGAAUUUGA